AUGGCACAGUCCGGUGGAAUUUUGGACCAAUCGCUGGCGCUGGCCUGUUAUCUGCGGGAGGAGCUGGGAGUGCGCAGCAACGAUGUGGUUGCACUGGUCAGCGAGAACCGGUUUGAGUACCCGGUGACGAUCUGCGCGUUGAUGUACCUGGGCGCGACGGCGGCCCUGUUUAACCCGUUGUACACGGCACGUGAGCUAGAACACUGCAUUGGGUUGGCGAAGCCCAGAGUGAUCUUCGUUGCAGCGCAAACAAGUAUGGCUGUGCAGAGGGCUUGCGUUAAGAUUAGGCGCCCGGCCAAGAUCGUUCACUAUGAUAACGGUGCCAGAGGGCUGACGUAUCAGCAGUGUUUGGAAGAUUCCGGGCGGAAGCUCAAACUGGAAUGCUUCGUACCGGAAGCUACCAAUUUGGAACAGCAUGUGGCACUGAUUGUGAUGUCUUCGGGUACUACUGGACUGCCGAAGGGAGUUCAAAUAACUCAGUUAAAUGUUAUUACAACUCUAACUUAUACAAAGGAGCUUCUCACAGUUCUAAGCGAAAAUGCAGCUCAGAUGGUUGCCGUUGACGUGAUGCCCUGGUUUCACGUCGCAGGAGGAGUCUCGAUGCUAAACUGGAUACUCAACGGGAUGCAGCUGGUGUUUAUCCCUCGCUUUAUUCCCAGAGUGUACCUCUCCUGCAUUCACCAGUAUCGACCCAACAUGCUGAACACCGUCCCACCGAUAGCGGUCUUUCUGGCCAAGAGUCCCCUGGUGGAUGAGUACGACCUGUCAUCCGUGAAGACAAUCAUUUGUGGGGCGGCCCCGCUGAGUCGCGAAGUGGAAGAUUUGAUUCGUUCUAGAAUGAACGUUUCCUCGAUUCGACAGGCCUACGGAAUGAGUGAAACAACGCUGGCCAUUCUCGUGCAGAUGGACGAGGACAAUUUGCCCGGGAGUGUGGGAAAAGUUCGAGCAGGGCAGUACGCGAAGGUGGUCGAUACGGAAACUGGGAAGACGUUGGGUCCUAAUCAAAAUGGAGAAUUGUGCUUCAAAGGGACGUUGAUCAUGAAGGGAUAUAUUGGGAAAGAGGACGCUAUUGACAAGCAAGGAUGGUUGCGUACAGGAGAUGUUGGAUACUACGACAAAAAUCGAAACUUUUACAUCGUGGAUCGACUGAAGGAGCUUAUCAAGUACAAAGCUUUUCAGGUGCCACCUGCGGAGCUGGAAGCCCUAUUGUUAUCAUAUCCAAAAGUUAAGGAUGCAGCUGUAAUUGGAGUUCCGGACGAGAAAGUUGGAGAAUUGGCAACGGCUUUUAUAGUUCCCGCCGAGGAUGUCCAAGUCACGCCAGAAGAGAUUGCCAAAUUCCUCAACGAUCAAGUUUCGAUCCACAAGAGAUUACAUGGUGGAGUGAGGCUAAUCCAUGAAAUUCCAAAAACAGCCAGCGGAAAGAUCCUCCGGCGAAACCUUCGUGAGCUGGCCAACAACAAAGCAAAGCUGUAAUAAAUAUGAAAUAAACUGAUAUCAUUACAUACUUCUUAGGAAA